GCGCGAGGCUUUGCUCGAGGUCAAUAUAUUAAGACGCGAGGCUGCUCCGCUUUUGGAACUGCAUGAAGUCACCGGUAUCUUGACGCGAGACGAAGACGCAGGACUCAUCGUGGAACCCUCCAUACUCGUCGAUGAUCCCGGCGAUGAUCUGGAAGCACGCAUCUGUCGUUAUGGAUGCCUUUGAAUGUUUCUGGUGGGCGUGUUUGUAUAUUGUAUGCGGCUAGCUUCCUAACUUAUUUCAGGAGUACUAGUAGGAUCCCACGCGCUUAUGGGAUGUGUACCCACUAUAUUCAUCCGUUCAUUCCAGUACUCUCUAGAAAGCUGGUGUCGUUUCACCGUCCGCUCGUUUCUUAGUUUCCUCUUUGUCUCUCUGCUAUGUAUUUUUGAUAGUCUAUCCUUUGAUUUCAUACUGACAAACUCUCGCUCGAUGCGACUGAGAAAUGCUAUAUUAUUACAUGUAUAUCUGUCUUCCUUGCUAGCUUGUGUAUCAUCGAGCCCAGUGUACUUUGAAUAUACCAGCUUCUAUCAUAUCAUAUUGUGCAGACUCUCCAGUCCGCAGUCCGCGAAUCAAUGACUGGGCACAACCUGCCAAGAUGCCCAGAUCUGCCAGCAGCAUGCAUAAACCCAUUCGACGCGUGGAGUACGUCUUUGAUGGUACCUUCAAAAAAUUGUGUGCCCUUCUGUGAGCUACGUUGGUUAAUUGAUAGUCAACCGUCGCAAGGCGGAGUAUCGCACAAUCG